AUGGAAAAUAAUAGUAUUGAAACUUUAUCAAAAAAAAUAUGUCAGACUAUUUCACUACAUGAUAAUAGAAUCUCAAUAAAAGAUUUUAAAAUAAUUUUAAGUGAAAGUAUACAUACAAUAGAUAUAGAUGAAGAAUUAAAGAAAUUAAAUAUAACUUUAGUAGACUUAAUAAAUUUCUUGGAAUCACAUAAUAUGAUUGGGGAUGUAAAAAAUAGUUGUGAUAUAAAUAAAAUGACAUUUAGAUAUACACCAUCAUUUUUAACCACUAAAUUAUCUUUGAAACUUGCUAAUACUGCUGAAAGAACAAACAAUAAUGUUGUUGAAAAUUAUCAAGUUUCAAAAUAUGAAGGUUCAAAAUCUAAUGUUUUUUCAUGUAACAAGCUUAAUAAUGUUUGUAUUUUAAAAAAAAAAGAAGUUUCAAUAUUUGAGGAAAAAAAUUUGCUUUUGAAAAAAAAGGAAAUAAAAAAUAUUACUGCUCUAAAGAAUUAUGAUGAUUUUAUAAAAUCACUAGAAGAAAAAUCUUAUGAAUACCAAGCAUCUGAAACUAUACAAAAUCAAAAUGAAUGGAUAAUCACAAAUUUGUUGGUAAAUAAAAUGACCAAAUUUAGCUCCAAAUCUUUUUUAAAAUUUCACUAUAAUUAUUUAGAUUCAAAAAAAGAUUUUAAAAAUUGUGAAUUUAGAGGUACAAAUAAAAAUGGAUUUAGUUACGACUCAUUUGGCUAUAAUUUUAAUUUAGAAGAUAAUGAUUUUUUUUCUAAAAAAAUUGAAUCAAAUUGUCAGUAUUUUUCUACCCCUAGUACCAUUGAUGCUAAAAUUAAUAACAAGGAAAAUAAAAAUUGUAACAAAAAUAAACGGAAAUUUUUAAAUAAAAGAUCUAUGAAAAGUAUUGUUUCUCAAUCUUUUAGUUCAGAUAAAAAAUUAGUUUUAGUAGAGGCACCAUUAUUAUUACCACGUCAAAAGAAUAACAUUGAAACAAUUUAUUUUAAAUCUUCACUAUCAAAAAUAAAGUCAACCUCCUAA